UACGAUUUCCGCCACGAUUCGUCCCCACCAAAUGCCGCAUCUCCAUUGCUAUGUCGUCACUGCUUCUCUCAUGUCCCAUGGAAAUUAUGGAUAGUGUCAAGCAAGUUGGGAUAAUAAGCACCGUUUUCUGCUCUGUACUGUUCUUCAGUACAUUCACUGAAUCUGCUCACCCUUUCCCCGUUCUCUUUAUAUAUCUCUCUGCAUCAACCCACAUUCCACUACCGAAUCAUCUGGAGACUCGUAAAAGCCAGCUAGCGUCUCAAAUCAAACAACUCGACAAUGGCAGCCACAGCUCUGGAUAAAUCCGUGCCCGAGAUCUUGCCGCCGGCGCUCGAUGCUUCGUCGGAGCCACCUCCACUUUUCGAUGGCGUCACCAGGCUGUACACCUAUUACGGAUGCCCUUUUGCUCAGAGGGUUUGGAUCACUAGGAAUUUCAAGGGGUUACAAGACAAGAUCAAGCUAGUCGGCAUAGAUCUUAGUAACAGGCCUGCUUGGUACGCCGAGAAAGUUUAUCCCACUAAUAAGGUGCCAGCUCUUGAGCACAAUGGCAAGAUCAUAGGAGAGAGCUUGGAUUUGAUCAAGUACUUAGAUAGCAACUUUGAAGGGCCUUCUCUUCUCCCUGAUGAUCCUGCGAAGAAGCAGUUGGCAGAAGAGUUGUCUGCAUACACCGAUACUUUUACUGGAACGGUGUUCUCUGCUUUCAAGGGAGAUGCAGUGAAGGAAGUUGGCCCUGCUUUUGAUCAUCUGGAAGCAGCUCUGUCGAAAUUCGACGAUGGACCUUUCUUCCUUGGUGAUAGGUUCAGUCAGGUGGACAUUGCCUACAUUCCAUUCGUCGAGAGGUUUCAGAUCUUCCUUUCGGAAGUGUUCAAGUAUGAUAUCACCGAAGGAAGGCCAAAACUUGCAGCUUGGAUCGAGGAGUUGAACAAACUGGAGGCUUACAAACAGACGAAACUGGAAGGUACAAAGGCACAGGUCGUGGAGCUCUACAGCAAGCGGUUCUUGGGUAAGUAAAUUGGCAACAGACCACUGCAAGUGGAUUCUUCUCGUGCUUUUGCAGGGAGAGGCUCUGGCUUGGUGGCUUGCUUCUGUAUGAUAUGUGAAAGUAUCUGUCUAAAUAAUGAAAAAUUACCCCCCAGAGACAGGAAGUAGAAGAAGAAAGUAAUAGAAUAAGAAACAUCAACUGGUUUGUAGGAGCUGUGAGGGGUGUGGACGUGUGGUUGGUUUGGCUGUGUUCUUGUAUUGUAUUAUUUGUAUGGCGUACCUGUGUAAUGUAUUAGAAACAGAAUGGAUAAUUGUCAGUUAAAGAGGGAGUGUUAUUUUACGAAUGAAGAUUUCAAGUUUGAAUUUCUCAAGGAGGUAUUUUAUAAUGAAAACAAUCUUAUGUUACUCUUAUCUAAAAAAUGAGCAUUAGGCUA